CGACUCACGACCAGACUGGAGGCCUAGUUCCCAGCACUGUCCUUGGGAAUUGCAGGGACCCGGUGUAGUUCCCUUGAUACGAACUGGACCCCCAGGGCCCUCUUUGAGGCUCUCCCCAGAGAAGACUUCAAUGCCUAUCUCUAGGGUGCCUCUGAUGGGCCCCUAAACUUAGCCUCUGACUCCGCCCCCUUCUCAUACGUCAGACAAACAGUGACUCCCAGCAAUCUAUCUGAACUGCAGACAUGUGGUCUUCCCCGCCCCACCGCAGCUGCUGCAUUUCAGGCAGCCAGCUUCCUGGAACAGAGCCUCCUUCCAUCAUCCUGGCCUCUGGGAGGACCUUCUUUUUCCCUGUAUUCCGAGUCACCCUGUCUGAGUGUUGAGCUGAGAUGGCUCGAGCCUGACGUUCCAUGACCCAGGAUCCCAACAGUCACGCACGGGCUGCUGCUGUGGAUGAUUUAAAACCACGAGGUGGUCCGGGGCUGGGAGACGAAGCAUUCCCUCUGCCUGGAUGUGUGGAAACUCCCUGCCAACUUGAUUGGCGGAUCUGGGGGGGGGGAUCCACCCCCACCCCACAAGGAAAGCACUGUCUACUGUGGGUGGAACUUCAGGUGCCAGCCAGCUGAAGGAUGGCCACCCCUGUGGUCACCAAGACGGCCUGGAAGCUACAGGAGAUCGUGGCCCAUGCCAGCAACGUGUCCUCGCUGGUGCUGGGCAAAGCCUCGGGCCGGCUGCUGGCCACAGGCGGGGAUGACUGCCGCGUCAACCUGUGGUCCAUCAACAAGCCCAACUGCAUCAUGAGCCUGACGGGUCACACGUCCCCAGUGGAGAGCGUACGUCUCAACACCCCUGAGGAGCUCAUUGUGGCCGGUUCCCAGUCAGGCUCCAUCCGCGUCUGGGACCUGGAAGCUGCCAAAAUCCUUCGCACACUUAUGGGACACAAAGCCAACAUCUGCAGCCUGGAUUUCCACCCGUAUGGCGAGUUUGUGGCCUCGGGCUCCCAGGACACGAACAUCAAGCUCUGGGACAUCAGGAGGAAAGGCUGUGUGUUCCGAUACAGGGGGCACAGCCAGGCCGUGCGGUGUCUCCGGUUCAGCCCCGACGGGAAGUGGCUGGCAUCGGCCGCAGAUGACCACACGGUGAAGCUCUGGGAUCUGACUGCUGGCAAGAUGAUGGCCGAGUUCCCCGGCCACACGGGGCCUGUCAACGUGGUGGAGUUUCACCCCAACGAGUACCUCCUGGCUUCUGGCAGCUCUGACAGGACCAUCCGUUUCUGGGAUCUGGAGAAAUUCCAGGUGGUGAGCUGUAUCGAAGGGGAGCCAGGGCCUGUCAGGAGCGUCCUCUUCAACCCCGAUGGCUGCUGCCUGUAUAGUGGCUGCCAGGACUCACUGCGCGUCUACGGCUGGGAGCCCGAGCGCUGCUUUGACGUGGUCCUUGUCAACUGGGGCAAGGUGGCCGACCUGGCCAUCUGCAAUGACCAGCUGAUAGGCGUGGCCUUCUCCCAGAGCAGCGUCUCCUCUUACGUGGUGGACCUGACGCGGGUCACCAGGACGGGCACGGUAGCCCCGGACCCCAUGCAGGACAGCCAGCCCCCGGCACAGCAGCCGCCAAACCCCAGCGCCCCGCUUCGGCGCAUCUACGAGCGGCCCAGCGCCACCGGCAGUGAGCCUCAGAGGGUGAAGCAGAACUCAGAGAGCGAGCGCCGCAGCCCCAGCAGCGAGGAUGACCGGGAUGAGCGGGAGUCUCGGGCGGAGAUCCAGAACGCCGAGGACUACAACGAGAUCUUCCAGCCCAAGAACAGCAUCAGUCGGACGCCACCCCGAAGAAGUGAGCCCUUCCCAGCACCCCCGGAGGAUGACAUGGCCACAGCCAAGGAGGCAGCAAAGCCCAGCCCAGCCAUGGACGUGCAGUUCCCGGUGCCAAAACUCGAGGUCCUGUCCCGGCCCCCAGUCGUCACUUCCACCCCUGCACCCAAGGCUGAGUCUGCCAUCAUCCCUGCCACCCGGAACGAGCCCAUCGGACUGAAGGCCUCUGACUUCCUGCCUGCCGUGAAGAUCCCCCAGCAGGCGGAGCUGGUCGAUGAGGAUGCUAUGUCACAGAUCCGCAAAGGCCAUGACACCAUGUGUGUCGUGCUCACCAGCCGCCACAAGAACCUGGACACCGUGCGGGCCGUGUGGACCACGGGUGACAUCAAGACGUCGGUGGACUCGGCCGUGGCCAUCAAUGACCUGUCCGUGGUCGUGGACCUCCUUAACAUUGUCAACCAGAAAGCCUCCCUGUGGAAGCUGGACCUAUGCACCACCGUCCUGCCACAGAUCGAGAAGCUUCUGCAGAGCAAGUAUGAGAGCUAUGUCCAGACGGGCUGCACCUCUCUGAAGCUGAUCCUGCAGCGGUUUCUGCCCCUGAUCACAGACAUGCUGGCGGCCCCGCCCACCGUGGGUGUGGACAUCAGCCGGGAGGAGAGGCUGCACAAGUGCCGGGUCUGCUACAAGCAGCUCAGGAGCAUCAGUGGCCUCGUCAAGAGCAAGUCGGGCUUGAGCGGCCGCCACGGCAGUGCCUUCCGCGAGCUGCACCUGCUCAUGGCCAGUUUGGACUGAGGAGCCCAGAGGGUGGUGGCACCCUCAGGCCUGGCCUCGGCCCCCCACUCCUGUUCCCUGUGCGCUCACCAGCCCAUGAGCCUCUGCCCCGGCCCCCACUGCUGCCCUGCGGUCAUCCUAGAGGCGGUGGCGCUGGCCCAUUGGCCACCUCCGCAGCCCUAAACUCUGACAACUUCUCUCCAGCAACAGCUGCCCAGCUUUGUCCGACUCCUGCUUCCUGGGGCAGCGAACCGAGCCCUGGGGCUGCUGCUGUAAUUUAUAAAGUGAAUUUUAUUAAAUUUGUAACUAUU